CUGUCAAACCACUGUACUGCGAAUUAUCACGCACCUGAACUUUUACACUCUUUCCUGAGGACUAUUUUUCCAGUUAAACGGGACGUCUUAUUUAAUUAUUUUCACUGACACACAGCAGCAGCAAUUGAGAAGUCACUCAAUAACAGUUGGUUGUGUUGCUGCCUUUUCCAAGACAUUUAUGAAGUAACAAGGAUAUGGUAUUGGACAUGUGAAGUACAAGGGUAACUUCAAACAUGAAGCUGGCGUCUUCUCUGUGUUGCCUCGGCUUUCUUCUGACUUCAGUGGCGGUUCGGCUGAGCGACUCGCAGCAAGUAUGCACUGGCACAGAGAACAAACUGAGUACUCUGUCAGACCUCGACCAGCAGUAUCGGACCCUUCGCAAAUACUACGAGAACUGCGAGGUGGUGAUGGGCAACCUUGAGAUCACUAGCAUCGAUCGAAGCCGUGACCUGUCCUUUCUCAGGUCUAUUCGUGAGGUGACCGGCUAUGUGCUUGUGGCGCUGAAUCAGUUUGAAUAUCUGCCCUUGGAGAAUCUUCGCAUCAUCCGCGGCACCAGGCUGUAUGAAGACCGCUACGCUCUGGCUAUCUUCCUCAACUACCGCAGAGAUGGCAACUUUGGUCUCCGUCAACUCGGUCUCAAGAAUCUCACAGAAAUUCUGAAUGGAGGGGUAUAUGUGGACCAGAACAAGUUCCUGUGCCAUGCUGAUACCAUCCACUGGCAGGACAUUGUGAAAAACAUCCGCCCCGAUCACCUGGUUGUACCGUCCAAUAGCAGCAGCUUCUGUCAAAGGUGUCAUAGAGCGUGUAAUGGACGCUGCUGGGGGCCAAAGGAGAACCAAUGUCAGAGCUUGACAAAGACGGUGUGUGCUGAGCAGUGUGAUGGCCGCUGCUUUGGACCGUAUGUCAGUGACUGCUGUCAUCGCGAGUGUGCUGGAGGCUGUUCAGGCCCAAAGGACUCAGACUGCUUCGCCUGCACUAACUUCAAUGACAGUGGCGCAUGUGUGACACAGUGCCCACAGCCGUUUGUCUACAACCCCACCACAUUCCAGCUGGAGCACAAUCCACGGGCCAAAUACACCUAUGGAGCAUUCUGCGUCAAAAAGUGCCCACAUAACUUCGUGGUGGACCACAGCUCCUGUGUCAGAGCCUGUCCCAGCAACAAGAUGGAGGUAGAGGAGAACAGAAUUAAGAUGUGCAUCCCCUGCACCGAUAUCUGCCCUAAAGCAUGUGAUGGGAUUGGCACUGCCAGCCUUCAGACGGCUCAAACUGUUGAUUCCAGCAACAUUGACAGGUUCAUCAACUGCACCAAAAUCAAUGGCAACCUGGUGUUUCUAAUAACAGGGAUUAAAGGAGAUGUAUAUCACAACAUAGAGCCUCUGGAUCCAGAGAAACUCAAUGUGUUCCGCACUGUUCGAGAGGUCACUGGUUAUCUAAACAUUCAAUCCUGGCCAGAGAACAUGACUGAUCUGAGUGUCUUCUCCAAUCUGGCAACCAUCGGAGGCAGGUCUCUCUACAGUGGCAUCUCUCUACUGGUGCUGAAGCAACAGUGGAUUUUAUCGCUUCAGCUGCAGUCUCUCAAUGAGAUCAGUGCAGGAAACGUGUACGUCACCAACAACAGCCAGCUCUGCUACUACAACACUGUCAACUGGACACGACUCUUCCGCACCAACACCCAGAAGGCCCUGAUCCGUAACAACCGUGACCCCAAGGAGUGCAUUUUGGAUCGUAUGAUCUGUGACCCACUGUGUUCUGAUGCCGGCUGCUGGGGUCCAGGACCUGACCAGUGUCUGUCCUGCCACUUCUACAGCAGGGGCCGCACCUGUGUUGAAUCCUGCAAAUUGCAUGAUGGACUGGCUGGCUCUAUGCCCAAGCUGCUCACCAGGCCCUACGUGGUCGAGAAGCAGGAGGCAGGUUCAGAGAGGGACGUGCGUGAGUUUGCAAAUGGCUCAGUGUGCCUGGAGUGUGAUGCACAGUGUGAAGUGGCGGAAGAUGACAGGCUUACCUGCACUGGGCCGGGUCCUGAUCACUGUGUUAAAUGUCUUCACUUUAAAGACGGGCCCAACUGUGUUGAGAAAUGCCCUGAUGGCUUGCAUGGAGCAAACAGUUUCAUCUUCAAAUAUGCUGAGGCCAACAAUGAGUGUCACCCCUGCCAUAUCAACUGCACCCAGGGGUGCACUGGGCCCCGUCUGCAAGACUGCAUUGGCAUGAUGGACAGGACUCCUCUCAUUGCAGCUGGAGUUAUCGGUGGAUUGUUUGUGGUGAUCAUUGUGGGCUUGAGUAUUGCCGUAUCGGUGAGGAGAAAGAGCAUCAAGAAGAAAAGGGCCUUAAGACGCUUCUUGGAAACUGAGUUGGUGGAGCCUCUGACGCCCAGCGGUGCGGCCCCUAACCAGGCCCAGCUGCGCAUUCUGAAAGAGACCGAGCUGAAAAGAGUGAAGAUUCUGGGAGCUGGGGCGUUCGGUACUGUCUACAAGGGCAUCUGGGUACCUGAAGGUGAAACUGUGAAGAUUCCUGUGGCCAUAAAGAUCUUGAACGAGGCGACAGGCCCCAAAGCUAAUGUAGAGUUUAUGGAUGAGGCUCUGAUAAUGGCCAGCAUGGAACAUCCUCACCUGGUCCGUCUGUUAGGGGUGUGCCUGAGCCCCACCAUCCAGCUGGUCACCCAGCUCAUGCCCCAUGGGUGUCUGCUGGACUACGUGCACGAGCACAAGGACAACAUUGGCUCCCAAUUACUGCUCAACUGGUGUGUUCAGAUCGCCAAGGGUAUGAUGUACUUAGAAGAGAGGAGACUCGUGCACAGAGAUCUGGCUGCUCGGAACGUCCUGGUGAAGUCACCCAACCACAUAAAGAUCACUGAUUUUGGUCUGGCUCGCCUCCUGGAUGCAGAUGAGAAGGAAUACAAUGCAGAUGUAGGAAAGAUGCCUAUAAAGUGGAUGGCCUUGGAAUGUAUUCACUACAGAAAGUUUACCCACCAGAGUGACGUAUGGAGUUACGGAGUGACUAUCUGGGAGCUGAUGACAUUUGGAGGAAAGCCAUAUGAUGGUAUCCCUACGCGAGAGAUUCCUGACCUUCUGGAGAAAGGAGAGAGGCUUCCUCAGCCUCCUAUCUGCACCAUUGACGUCUACAUGGUCAUGGUCAAAUGCUGGAUGAUAGAUGCAGACAGCAGGCCCAGGUUUAAAGAGCUUGCAGCAGAGUUCUGCCGAAUGGCAAGAGACCCACAACGUUACUUAGUCAUCCAGGGGGAUGAUCGCAUGAAGCUGCCCAGCCCCAAUGACAGUAAGUUCUUUCAGAAUCUGCUUGAUGAGGAGGAGCUAGAAGAUCUGAUGGGUGCUGAGGAGUAUCUGGUGCCACAGGCUUUCAGUAUUCCUCCUCUGGCAUACACAACCAUAUCACGCAUGGACCCCAACAGAAAUCAGUUUGCCUACCAGGAUGGUAGUUUUGGUAUGGAGGAGAUGAUGGCUACUAUCCCACGGGUCGUAGCUGUGUCUGCAGUCAGCCCGGCUUGUUCCACUCAGAAGCCAUCUUUGGCCCAGCACGGGGCCUCAGGGCCCUCAGAGGCAUUUGAAGACAGCCGCUGUAAUGGUACUCUUAGGAAGAAGGCUUCUCCCAGGGUGAGCACCGGAGAGGACAGUAGUAGCCAGCGGUACAGUGCAGAUCCAACUGUGAUACUGUCUGAACGUGGAGCCAGAGCAGAGACUGACCAAGAUGGAUACAUGAGCUCCCUGCAGGACAAAAAGCCCUCAGAUUAUCUCAACCCUGUUGAGGAGAAUCCCUUCGUCACCCAUCGCAGAAAUGGUGAGGUCCACACUCUAGAACGAGGUUACCACAGUGCCUCCAAUGGCCAGCCCAAAGUGGAGGAUGAGUAUGUUAAUGAUCCACUUUACCUCAACACCUUCCAUAACUCUGGGGAGAAGAGUCAUGAUCUUCUGAGGAAGAAUGGAGUCCCCGUGGCUCACACGGCAGCGGCAGCAGCAGCAGCAGUAGCAGCCAAUACUGGAACUUCCAACAGCCAGAACCUUGCCCAAACCAUGAAACCAGCAGCACCCAGUGCCCACAUCACAGCACAGCCUCCAUACCAAGGCCAACAAAGCAUCUCCACCCUCUCAGGUCAUACCCUCCACUCUGCCUAUCCAGGACACACCCUCCACCCGACCCACACCCUCUAUCCGGCUCACUCUGGUACCAUCAUGGCCGACAAGAAGCCCAAAAAGACAUUUGACAAUCCUGAGUACUGGCAGCACAGCCUUCCCCCCAAGGCCACUCUCCACAACCCUGAAUAUCUGCAGGACUGCAGCACACGCUUCUUCUAUCGACAGAACGGUCGGAUCCGACCGGCGGUGGCUGAGAACCAGGAGUACCUGUCAGAGUAUGCGCUAAAAACGGGCACCGUGUUGCCACCGCCUCCCUACCGCCAGAGGAACACUGUUGUGUAGCGACAGCUGCCAAUGGAAGCAAGAGACAAAGAGACAGAGAGAGAGAGAGAGAGACGCCCUCUCAGUCAUACUGUGUUCUCACCCUGGCUCUCACACCAGCAUCCCGGUCUCUCCUCUUCUCUUUGAACUGGAUUUAACACCUCCAAUGACCUGGAGCUGAUCCACUCGAGUGAGCUACUCCUCCAGAGGCAUUGGUCACAGAUGACCACAACAGUCAAAGCUCUUAACUGCUUGUCUCUUCUCACUCUGGGCACCAUUAUGCCACCCCAACAUUUUGGAAAGCUCUAAAGCGAUACUCUUCCCAUCAUAUGGUAGAUGUUACACUCACCUCAUUGGUAGGAAGUACUGACUUCGAAAAAGCAUUGAUUCAGUACAAGAGGUACCUGUUUUUAAGUAUAAGCUCAAUGCCAUUCUGUGUGGACAUUCAGACAUGAAAACACAAACGCAACAUGGGUUGAUCCACACAAAGCAGCAGAGAAGAAUCUUUCUUUUGUGCAAUUACAGCAAUUUUGACUGUUUAUCUUGUGUUUAUUUUUGGAUUUGAAGCUACCUGCUGUCUGUUGUCAUUUAUGACUUUGGUUAUUGUUGCUGUUAUUGUUACAUGCAAUAUAGUUUAUUUUAUCAGCCCACACAUAAUUAAAGAGGAAAAGGCAGAUAUGUUGUAUGCAGUGCUGUAGCCCAGCAACUGGUAAUAUUGUCCCAGGCCCUGUGACAAGAGGGCCCACUAAGGUCAUCUGUGGUAUAUCCUACAAUUGGGCUCCUGGGAUGCAUAUAUUUUAUGUUGAUUACAGAACAGAUAUUUGAAGAUCAAGACCAACCUUCUCAUUAGGCUCAUCCAACACAUUGUGUGAUAUUCAGUUCAAAACAUUUUCAUAAGUCAUCUGGUCUACAGUAUAUGCACAUGUAACAUAUUACUCAAACAAGGCAUUUUUAUGUUUCAUUGCACUUCUUUUGAGCCAUUCACUACUCAUUUUUUGAUACAUACUUUAAAUAAGACUGGAAUAAUUCCCCACUAGACUGGACACUGGUAAAAGUCCUCCUGAGCGGUGAAGUAAAACAAUGACUAAAGGCAACUUAAUGAAUAGAAGCACUCCAUGCUGAUAAAUGCUAUCAGUAAUUCUCAUCAACUCUG